AUGAAUGCGUAUGAUGGGAAUUCUACGGUGCCGGACAGGAGGGCUGAGAAGUUAGCGCAGUCGCGCAUCGCGGACCUGUACUCGCGAGCGUGCUUCACCUGUGCGCUGAUCAUUAUAUGUGUGAUGAUACCGUCCUACAAUCGGGUCACACUGUCGCAGCGGUAUUUUCAAGUGAUGCACUACUUCCGCCACCAUUUUGUGGCCAGACACGCCUGGAUACACAGGCUCCGAGUGUACCACAACAAGUCUCUCCAGCAGUGCAUAUUUUGGUGCAGCUUUGUUGGCAUUUUCACGUUGCAUGGUUCGCAGGGCAAUUUUUUCAUUGUGGUCAAGAAACUUGGCAGGCUAGCGGUGGCGUUGAUGCCGCCGCUGUUGUUCCUGACGUUGCGCCCUUCGCCGUUGCCCAAGACGCUAUACUUGACGUUACUCCCGUUCCACAAGUGGAUUGGGCGCAUAGUCGUGCUGGCGGCGUUCCUGCACUCUGUGUUCUAUGCGUAUGUGAUGUGUGCUAACAAAGUGCUGCUGGAGAAGAUGCGUAAGCCUGCGAACCUGUACGGGCUCAUUGCGAUGGUGCUCUUCGUGCUGAUAGUGGUCACGUCGCUUGCCCCUAUACGGCGGCGUGCCUUCCGUGUUUUCUACACGGUGCACUACUUGAGUACGUGGCUUGUUGUUGUGCUGAUCUACAUGCAUGCGCGGCCCGGGGUGCCGUACUACACAGCGAUGAGCCUGUCGAUCCUUGUGGCACAGGUGAUCUACAGGGUGCGCAUCACGCGGGUGUGUGUGGCGAAGGUGCAGCGCAUCUCGCCGACGUUAACGCUGAUGGAGUUCCCGCUGGAGCAGCUUGCGCUGCGGCCGCAGUACCCUGGUGCGCACGUCCGCAUACGGCCUGCGAAAGGCGGGGGUCUCGCGCGAGCCGUGGACUACUUGGUCAAUGGCCUGGUGGUACCUUUGCAGCACCCGUUCACGAUCGCGAACUUGCCGAAGGACGACAAGAUCCAGCUGAUCAUCCGCAGCGAGAAGUUCCCGAUGCGGGACGGCAUGCGGUACCACGUCUCCGGGGCGUUUGAGCCGGUGAUCAACUUCUUGACGAAGCCGCGCAACCUGGCGGACUCGCUUGUGAAGUACCGGUCGACGUUCGCGCUGGGCCGCGGGACGCAGGCGCUGCUGGGGUCGCCCUUGAACUACAUUGUGGACUCGCAGCGGGUGCUGAUCGUGGUCGGGGGCACGGGCAUCUCGUUCGGGCUGCCGCUGCUGCGCGUGCUGAACUUCAACGGGUGCCUGGUGAAGCUGAAGUGGGCGAUCCGGGACUUCCGGGACCUGCGCAUCCUGUCGCACAUCCGGAACAACUUCGAAGGGAUGGAGGUGUACAUCAGCGGGCAAGGGGCCGAGGACGAGAUCGAGAUCGAGUACACGGACAACGACUUCAGCGAUAACGAGCACACGCCGCUGCUGAGCCACCACCACAUGCAAGGCGGGUCCUUGCUGGACAGCAUGGACCACGUAGGAAGUGGCAACGCCCGUGCGAUGGACCCCGGUGCGAAGCGCGAUACUAAAGCCACUAACAAUGCCAACGGUGUUAACAGUGCCAACGGUGCCAACGGCGGCUACUGUCUGCGCAAUGUAGCGCGGGAGAACACGGCAGACGAGAUCGACUUCACGGAUGUGUUCAAGAAUGACACGGAGCACAAGAGAGUACCAGUUGGGGUAUUCCGUGAGCCAUCGAUUAUCGAGGAGCAAGAGGACAGGGACAAGAAGAUAGCGAUCCCGUCGGGUGUGAAAGUGUUCCAUGGACGACCCCGGCUGGACCAGCACGACUACAACUGGUGCAUGGAGAGCGAGUGCGGAGUCAACGAUGUCUCCGUAGACAAGCGGCGCGUAUGGGUCGUCGCAGCAGGCCCUCCGGGCCUGAUAGACGCCACGUCCCGCUGGUCCACAGACAGCGGACUCCGUUUCCACGGUGAGUCCUUCGCAGUGUAG